GGUGGUCGUCUCCCCGGCUCGUCGCGGUGUUCUAGUGUGGCGGGACGUGCACUUAAAAUUGUUGUCAGUGUAUUUUUACAUGCAAGUGGCAGCCUUGGACCACAAUACGUCAUGACCAGAUGACAGUGCAAGGCUCCUCAGACUUAGUAGUGCCAUAGGAAAGUCACUGAAUGGAUGUGUGGAACAUUACAAAGCAUUCCCGUGGACACAAACUAUAGUGAACUAUGAGGAACUGAGGGGUUUAGCCCUAUGUGGCAAGUGAGGUCAUGUUGGUGAGUGUUGUGACGACCCCCGUGCUGAUGGUGCACUGCAGGGUCACUGCUUUCCUCACUCUUGGCAUGGCAUCACUAUCAUGGGUGCUCUGGGCAGUAUUGCAAUGUGCUCUUGCCCCUGCCCAUGCUUUUGUGCUGCUUUCCUCCUACCCAGCAUACACACGUCAGUUUGAAGUUGGGACACUAUAUGUGUAUGAGUAUGAGACGUCAGUGCUCUUGAAUGAGCCACAGCCCCUGCCAGUUUCUACAGCCAAAGAUGUUGGCUUUAAGGUGGAGUUAACAGCAGAAGUUACACCUGUGUGGCAACACCCGACCAACAACAAUGAACAAAUACUACAGCUUACAGUGGUGACGCCAAAGUUGUCGGUGAAGGCUCGCCAAGGACCUUCCCCUGAGGGUUUUGUUCACAAAUCGUCAAAGGUGGAGAGCUUUCCGCUACAACCACUCUUUGUGCACUGGAACAAUGGAGAGAUUGGAGAUGUGUACCAUAUAGAAGGAGGAGAGUUGUCCAUCAUAAAUGUGAUGAAAGGAAUUGCUAGUCUUUUCCAGUAUCAAGCAAAGAACAUCAAGCAAAGUGAAGUCGAUGUGUCAGGAAGGUGUGAGGUGACCUACAAGCUGGUUGAUUCUUCACACAUAACAAAGCUGAAGCAGAACUGUCAGAAUGUCGUGUCAGUGCCGUACUUCAAUCAAACAAACAAAGUUCUUGAUGCAGAGGUCAGUGGUCAAGCAACAACUACAUAUGUGUUGAAUGCAGACAAAAUACUGCAAAAAGCUACAUCAGUGGAGACUCAUUUCCUGAGGGUGAGGGCAAGGAGGCAGUCUGGAGCAGAGGUCAUAAGUAGACAAGUGCUACAACUCAAAGAAAACAGAAAAGUUGCAACUAAGAAAUAUACUGGAAAAGUAGCAGCAGAGGCUGUCAAGUCUAUUGGUAACCAGCUUAGAAAGACCUUAGUAACUGAACAGCUAGCAACUGCUCCUGAUGCCAAAGAGUGCAUUACUUGCAAGUCACUUAAAGAUCUUGUCAUCAACUUCCACAACACUUUAAGUCCAAAGAAUCAAGGGACUCAGGGAGCAGCCAUAGCCUUCACUCGCCUACUCAGGAAGAUGAGAGAGAGUGACCUAGAAACUAUCAAAGCAGUGUUGAAGGAUAAGAAAAAUGCUAAAAUUCUGCCCCAACUACUGGAUAUUGCAGCAGCAGCCCAAACAUUGCCAGCCCACAAAGCUGCCAUGUCUACACUAAAGUUUAAUGGCUCAUUGGAACUCCCUGAACGGUACCUCAUCAGCCUCUCGCUGGCAACCCAUCCAUCAGGUCCUAUUGUCAAAGAUAUGGUUAACCUUUUUAAGAAAGGUGUGCAAAAUGAGCACCUCUCUGAAACACUGGUGUUGACAAUGUCUUCCCUUGCUCACACAAUGAGCAACAUGCAAAGCAAUGCCAGUACCACCAGAAUAGUUUCAGCUGUGAAGAAACUGCUAGUCGAGAGACUGAAGAACUGUGAAACUGAGGACUGUCAGUUGAUGUACAUCAGGAGCCUCAAGAACCUUCAAACCAAGGACUCUGUAGAUAUACUCUUAGGCUUUGCUGAAGGAGAAGCUCGGAAACCAGCAAUUGCUGCUGCCCGGGCUCUGCAGAUAAUGCCUAGUGAUUACCUAAACAGUGAGGCAUUAAAAAGAUUAGAGAGGAUCUUUCUGGAACUUGGUCGCCAACAUGACUCCAGUGUGAGGGCUAUGGCAGCAGACAUACUUCUUCAGAAUAAGCCAACUGAAGAGUUUGUGAAGUCUUUGUUGGAGAUUAUGUCUUCACAAAGUGCUAGAGAACUUAAUACUGUGCUGCUGGGAAGAUUAUGGGACUUGGCUUCUAGUGAUGAUAAUUUGCAGAAGAUCCUUCAUAAAAUUUUGAAGGAUGCCAAGUAUGCCAACUAUAAUGUACUUGGUCAAGGUGGUCUUUCCUCAGCAUUUUCACGUCCACUCUCUCAAGACAAAAGUGCCAAUUCAUCAUUCAGUAACAUGUUAGAGAUCCAGAGUGGUCUGCUGAAGAGGUCCACUGUCGAUGUGUUUGUGGAUGUGGAUGACACAAGGAUGAGAUUGUUGUCAUUUGGCAUGUUUGCAGGUGGGCUUAGUGUGUUUGGUGGGGAGGAUGCUGUGGAUGAUGGAGAGGAAGCCAAUGCAGGGAUAGAGAUAACACUGCUGAACACACAGCUACGACCUUAUGUGUUCUUCACAGGUCAAGGAGAGCUAAUGGGACAUGUUUGGUCUGGAACAGGAUCAGAAAGAACCACAGCUCUUCAGGGCACACUUCUGCUGCAAGACCACCUCCAGGUAGUGCCUCUGCAGAAUGGUCUUAAUGCUGAGCUGCUUCUGAAUGGUGCACUGUCUUAUGACUUGGCGGGACAGAUUCAGGUUUCCCUGUGGAAUCGUAAUGCUCAUAGUCUUGUUGAAGUUGGAGCUGCCAUGGUCAUCCAAGGAGUGGCUCGAGUUGACAGCUCUUUCAUUCAGACAUUGAUUGAGUUCAAUGUAGGAACACAAGCUCAACUGAAUUUCAUGUCAGAUCUUGAGUUUUAUGAUGAUGUCAUGAUGUGCCUGAAAAUGGUCCAGCCUAACACAGAAGUAGUAAACAAUGUGAGGAAACUGGAGCGUAUUCCUGGCACCAACUACAUGCUCAAGAAAUACAAGAAGAGACUGUCCCCUGUGCCUGGCAAGACUUAUGUAAUGAACAAGAAAAAUACUGAAAUAUGCAGUAAAAUGUUCAAUAAAUGACAAGGACUCUCUUAGGAAGAGUAUAUAUCAAAAUAAGGAAAUUGGUUACAUAUUGUAAUUGAUUUUAUUAGAUAAUACAAUGAUAUGCGUUGUGAUAUAUUUUGUUAUUUGAACAAGUAGCUAAAUUUUUAACAGAUUUUUGCAUUAUCCUCAUUUUUAUGUACAAAAGUUGAAAAUUACAAUUAGUUUUUAAUGUAAAUUCUUUUAAGUCAUGUAUAUUUGAUGUUUAUAUGAUUAGAGAAGUCUGAUGAGUGAAUGAUAUCUGCAGUAUUGAAUUGUUAUGACUGUUUGUGCAAUAUAGUUGAAUCUGUAAAAGUUGAUGCAGGUGGUGUAAUUUAGUGGUUAGUGAACUCAACUUUCAACUAACAGGCCUGUGAUUCAAAUCUCCAAGCACAGAUGAAUUGUAUUUGCUUUCUUUCACAGUGUAGCUCUUUUCCACCAGCAAUCACAUAACCUGCAGUUCCAGAAGGUCAGCAGUCAUCUUCAUAUGUGUGAGAUUAUGAUUCUGCAAGAGUGCAAGAGUAACUGUCUUACCCUCCAGUGAAUGUAUGUGGAGUUUGUUUGAGUCUUUGCUUCAAGAGCUCAGAAAUCGUCUAGAUCACACUACUAAAGAUGAUAAGUGAAUGAAAAAUAAAAAUGAAUGAAAUAUGCAAAUUA